AUGGACGGCGGCCACCGAGACGAGGACGAUCCCCUCGAUCCUCCCAACCGCCUCGACCGCCUCGACUUGUUCGACCGACUGGACCAGCUGGACCGCAUGAACAACGCAGCCCGUCCCAGCAACACCCACCUCGACAGCCACAGCCUUCUGCCACAGCCUCCGUCUGACCGCCUCGACGCGAACCUCAGCAAGCAAACACUGGCCUCACCCUCCCCGCGUGAUCAUCACCACAUCCAGCAACAGCAUCUCCAUCACAACCGCCACGCGCACGCCCUCCAGCCGUCGCUGCUGCCGUCCUUCGAUGUCCCGCCUCCACCAGCACCGCCACCGCCGCCCCUGUCGUCGUCAUCGUCCCGUCCGUUUGUCGCGUCCAAUGCCGGCGUAGACACCGCGCAAUAUUCGGCCAAACCAUCUUCUCAGCCCUUUCCCCCAUUUCCCGCCCACCACGACGCCCACAGCGACUUGCUCGACGACCCUGGCGACUUUUAUCGCUCUUACACCGACAACAGCCUUCGGGGACACCAGCAAGACGGCCAGGACACGGCCGUGGCGUUCACGGCCGCUGACCUCAUGGCACCAGAGACACCUGUCUCUCAACCAGCACCGCUCGCACCGUCCCACAACACCUCUCCCAAUGGCGUAACCAUCAAGCAGAUGCACGAGUCACAGCAGACACAGCAAUUACCGCAGCGGUCCCGGCCAACAGCGUCGCUCGCCAGCCGCACAAAUGCAAUUCGGUCUGGUCGUUCCGUCUCGACUCCUGUCGGCAGCAACGGCGCCAACCCGACCACCAACCGGUCGGGCUAUGGACCGUCCGCCUCGUCGUCCACCAGCGUCAAGGACUUGAAGAAGCGCUUCGACCAGAUCAACACCGGCCCGUCAGCCUCCGCCACAGCCGCAUCAUCGUCUGCAUCGUCUUCGACGCGGUUAAAACCGACGACACGGACCGGCCUCGCUCCACCCUCAACAGCGUCUCGAUCUCGGGCGACUACAGCCGGCAGCAACCUGGGUCCGUCACCGACCGCCACGACGCGAGCCAAGACGCCGACGAACCGCACCCACGCCCCGCCGCCAGUGAGCAGUCCGAACUCUUUUGCCAGCCGCAUCGCCAAGCCGCGAGCCGGUGCGCCGGGAACGCUUCCCACCUCCGUCAACGAACAAGCGUCCAAGUCCACGCCUCAUCUCACGUCGCCCCUCGCAUCACCGCGGGCAAACCGGACGGCACCGCCACCGGCCCCGCCGCCUGUGUCACGAGCGAAUGGCCUAUUGUUUGGAGAGAUCCUGCCCGAAUACAAUAAUUCGUUAACCACUGGAUACGGCAUCGACGCAGCAGUCCGACCACGGCGAACGUCCGAGUCCGUCCUGCACGACCCCCCGCGGAUCUUCACGCGCUCACGGUCUGAGAUGGACCAGAAUGCCGAGGCCGUGUCACCCACAGAUUGGUAUCGUAGCGCAACCUCGCCACGAUCUCUGGCCGACCAAGGUCCAGGCACCCAAGGAGAUGCCUCGUUCCAAAACCAAGCUCCACCGGAGCGCACGGCAGCACCAUCGCGCAGUCCGACAGGACACAUUCGGGCGCACAGCGAUCUCGCCGGGGCAAAACCGACGUAUCACCACCACCACCAUAAAAAUCAACAAAGCGGACAGAACAACGCUCUAGCUGUUCUGCCGCCUCCGCCUCCGUCCUCUAACCCUCCGCCUUCGCGCCUCGCCACACAGAACAAGAACCCUACUACCACCCGUCCGCCUACCUCCAUGUCCGACGUGCCGCAGUCGCCAACAUCCCCCACCUCGCGCCUUCCCAUCUCCGUCAGAAAACUGUCUGAAGCUUCCAACCGCUCCAGUCCAUCGUCGACACGCUCCAACUCCCCCGCAUCUGCAGCUGGACGCCGCUCUGCCGCGGCCAGCAGAGUCCCACGUCAGCAGCACCCGCAGCACCAGCAUGGCCCCCCACCAUCCACAGCGAAUGCGAAGACACCAGCAAAACGUGCAGCAACCCCAACAUCGACAGCCGCCUCGCGGGCCAAGGCCGCAACAACGCCCACCUCGACCUCGUCGCGCAGACCCCCACCGUCCCAAAUUGCGACCUCUGGCAAUGGCCGUCUCAGUGCCUAUAUUGCGGCGCCGCCACCAAAGCUUUCUCCACCCCUCCGCAGCUCACGACCAAGGCAACCUGUCUCAUCCGCAAACGCUCCAGCCUCUGCGUCACGCCUGGGCCGGACGUCUGCAGCAUCCUCGUCGUCGUCCACCACCGCCGAACGAAGUCGGAUGCCGUACGCUGGCAGCACCCGCUCGUCGGCCGCAAAACAAGAUGAAAGUCGAACUGCCAAUCGCCGAAAGAUUGACGUCGGUCCUAUCGACUUCGCCCAGCGCCGCGAGACGAUCCGUCUCAAAUAUAGCAAGUCCAUCCGAGAAACGGAGGCCUCGGCGGCGCGACAGGCUGCGGCAGACAGACGGAAAAAGGAGCUCGAGGCUGCUGCCAAAGCCAAGGCACUGGCCGAAGCUGCUGUACGCGCGCAGUCCGAGGUCAGCAGGCGCGCCAUGGCUGCCUCAGCGGCCACAUUGUCCUCCAAGUCGUCAGCAUCAUCCCUGUCGGCCUCGUCCAAUGCGGCCGCUAGCACCACGACCCCGUCGGCGGCUGCCGCUGCCGCUGUCGCACGGUCUCAUAGCGUCCGGUCGUCAACCGCCUCCGUUGCUGCCAAUGCGGCGGUAUUGGCAGCGGCGUCGUCAUCGUCCCCAACGGCCUCCAGAUUCCCGGGCACGUCAACGCCACCCCCUUCAUCACCCACUGCUGCCACUGCUGCCAGUGCAGCAGCAGCAGCUUCGGCAGCAGUCUCUACACCGCCCCGCAACAGUCCCCGCCAAAGCCCACUAAAUAGUCCGGGCGUGCGACGCACUGUCAGCGUGCGGAACAGCGCCGUCGAGCUACCGCCUCUGGCCAUCUCGACCUCCAUCCCGGAAUUGCGGCCGGCCCCAAGUCGCCGGGUUCCCAGAGAGAAUGACUCACCGACACUGGGCAUUCCAGGGACAUUUCCCGGUGGCGUGUAUUCACCGCCCCGAAAGGAUGCCCGAGACGAACCGCCGCCAUCGGCGAUUUCUGUCAACUCCGCCAUCACCGAGUUCGACAAUGAGCCGCAAACAGAUCCUCCGCGGCAAGACACUGCUAGCGGCCUGCAACAUGCUGGAACUGAACUGCAGCCGCAACCCGGUUACCUUAGUUAUGGCAACGCAAAAGUUGAGUAUCGCUCGCCUUUUGACUUGCCUACACCAGACGAUCAGACUGCCCACACAUCUCAUCAUUCAACCCCUCAGAAACUGCACACACAAGGGGACGACACGUACAGGUCCCCAAAGUCCUCGUACAUGUAUCCCUUUGAAGAUGAGGGGACUGAUGAUGUAACACCUAUGGCAAACAACGUCUCAACCGAACUACCAAAAGAUGCCAAUAUGUCGCCUUUUGAUCGUUUCAUUCCUGGCUCAUUCCGCCAGGACAGCUACGAAAGCAGGCCUUAUACGCCUCCUCAAGAUCGCGAUGCUUCGCAGGAAGCUACCCAGCUGGCCACAUCGUUGCACCAAAGCCCCGUGCGAGUACAAGAGCUUCGCCGAAGCGACUCUGGCUACCACAUGGCGGAACCGACAAGCGAACGCGAUGUACCCAUCCAAAUCGGAACCGCCGUCACUGAGACACCGGACGAGACAGCACGGGAAGACAUUGCCAUCGGCUUUGCGCUCACAUCGUCAGUGCCUACAGCAAACGUGGAAGAAGAUUCUGAGCCGACAAUGCCGAGUCGGAACAUCGAGCCAGAGUAUGAGGUGCAGCCUUACCAGCCAGAUAAGGUGCAGACAACGACAACUGUCACCAUACUUGGUCGCGAGACCGACAUUCCCAGCCGGCGCCCGCCCUUGUCACGGCUCAAUAGUUCAUCUAGCCGCCUGGAUCUGCCGAAUGACUCUGACUAUGGAAACCCCGAGGGCUUCUACGCCGUGCCGACCUUGAAAGACAACAUCGCGGCGUUGCGUGGAUCCGCAUUUGCUUCAUCUGAUAUUUCAGACGAACCCCAGCGGUCAGCCAGCGAGCCACAGCGCACACCGGAUACGUCCAAUAGUCUCAACUUGCCUUCGCUCAUGUCCCCUGCAAACCGGUCCAGCCAACAAUCUGGCUGGACAGAUUUCUCGAUUGAAAGCGAGGAUGCCCGCGCGUUCCUUGCCGCCCGGGACUCGGCGGCUUUAUCGAACAGUACGGAGGUGAUCAACAGUAGCCACGAUAUCGAUGGCGGCCCUACCAUUCGUACCCGUGCAGUGCCGCCUUCGGUAUUGCAAAACCAGCAGAGCCAGCAAAACCAGCAAAGCGAGCAAAACCAGCAGCGUCUGCGACCGCGCCACCGUCGGAAUCCGUACGAGUUUGAUUCCAGGCCCGCUUCGGUUCUCGAAGGCGAGCAGGAGCAAAAUGAACGGGAUGAGAAUGUCGACCCAUACGACGAGGAAUCGCCUGAUGGCCCGGGAACUUCGCCAGCCGACGAGCCUACGUCGACCAUGCUCCCGGAGCUGGAUACGGGGACCAACUUUUUCGUCCCUUAUUUGUCGGAUGACAAGGUUGCGCACCAACAUAUUCCCGUGCUUCCCGACCACGACCCGCCGCCAAUUCCUGUGUCCGUCGAUGGGCGAGAAUCCUUCACCGAAAACAGUGUUCGCCCGAGCUCGUCCAGUGCGUACUAUGAUUCCUCGCGCCCAAACAGCUUUGCUCUUGGUAUGCGCGACGACCAUGACGGCCAAGAUUCGUUCACGUUUGGUGGGAAUGGCAGUGCGGACGACUCCAUGUAUACGUCGCCCCCACCAACCAUGACAAUGCAGUCGUCUGCCCAAGCAUCCCUUGAUCUCCCACGGCAGUCGAUUAGCGGCGCGACACUUAUUGACAGCGAGCGGCCUAGUGGGCUUGACGGUACUGGUGAUGCCUACGAAGGCGAUGCUCCUUUCAAACGUACAGGCGGCAGCCCCAAGAAGACCGCACCCAGCAAAGAACAGUCGCGUCUUGUCCAGCGCCAAAUGGUCAUUCGUGAGCUGAUUGAUACCGAGGCCGUUUUCGUGCGCGACAUGAACAUUGUCGAGGAGAUUUACAAGGGCACGGCCGAAGCAUGCCCGCAGCUCGAUGCCAAGACGGUCAAGCUCAUUUUCCGCAAUACGGACGAGAUUAUUGCUUUCCACACAGCGUUUCUGGUCCAGCUGAAAGACGCCGUGUCCACGGUGUAUGCUCCAAAGGGUGGCCGGCGCACUUCCCCCCCACCUCGAGAAGACUCCAUUUUGUCCGAAUCGGACACCCUGAACUCAACGUCGGCAACCUCCGCGGCCGAGACGACCGGCUCGGCCUCGACCACAGCAGCUGCCUCGUCGGCAACGACUGGGACAGUUGCUGAAGACGCCCGGGAUCGCCAGACGUCUCUCGGACCUGUUUUCCGCAAGAACAUUGACCAAAUGCGUGUCACCCACGAAGCCUUCUUGCGAAGCAGCGACAACGCGGCGAAACGCCUCAUCCAGAUCCAAGAAGACCCGACUGUCAAGCUUUGGCUCACGGAGUGUAAUGAGGUGGCACAGGAUCUGACCGCCGCCUGGAACCUCGACUCGCUGCUGAUCAAGCCCAUGCAACGCAUCACCAAGUAUCCGAACCUGAUCAGCCAGCUGCUCCAGUACACGCCCGAAGAUCACCCCGACCGUGGCCCGCUCAUCUCCGCGCGCACCGUUCUUGAGAACUCGAUCCUCGAAAUUAACAAAACCAAGAAGAACUUUGAGCUGGUUGGCCAGAUUGUCGGCCGCAAACGCAAGGACUCGGACGUGCGUGCUGGUUUUGCCCGGGCGUUUGGCAAGCGCGUUGACAAGCUGCAAGUGUCCAGCAACCGGCCGCCUGAGGACCAAGUGUAUACCAAGCUCAACGAGAAGUUUGGCGACGACUACCUUCGUCUGCAGGUAGUCCUUCGCGACGUGGAGUUCUACACCCGCCAGGUCUCGGCAUACGUGCACGAAUUCUUGCAGCUUUUAUCGGCCAUGGAACUGGUUAUGCGCCUGCAGCCGUCGCCGUACCCAGAGCUGGAGAGCAAGUGGGCCCGCUUCAAUGUGUCUAUGCGCGACAUGGAAAAGGUGGCCCUGGAUCAGCAUCUGGCACAGGUCCGAAAGCACGUCAUUGAGCCGUUUGAGCUGGUCAUCAAGUGCUACGGCAAUCCGAGUCUCGCAAUGAAGAAACGUGCAAAGCGGCGACUCGACUACGAACGGGCCGCACAGCUCAAGAAAAGCGGGAAAAAGGUCGACAAGCAACUCGCCGAGCUCGUGGAGCAGUAUGAGGCCCUCAACGAGGCGCUCAAGAAGGAGCUGCCCAUGCUGUCUGCCAACACAGAAAAGAUUGGCAACAUCUGCCUGGGCAACUUUGUCAACAUCCAGGUCCGGUGGUUUGCCAUCUGGAAAGAAAAGGUCAAGGUUGUGCUGGAAGACCAGCAGAACGUGCCGGAGGUGGUUGACAUUAUGAGCUCGUUUGCGCGCGACUUCCACGACAUGGAAGACCACGUCAAGCAAAGCUUGACAAUCCUGACCAAGGGCGCGGGCGGCAGCAGCAGCGGUAGCGCUGGCCGUGCUGAUGACAGCCAAAGCAGCCCCACUCCUGGUGGCACGAGCAUGCUUCGGACGCGCUCUGGCCGACCGAUGGAUCUGUCUCCCCGCGGUCGCGGCGAGUCUGUGAACAGCGACAGCGCACCGACGCUUCCAGCCCCCGACUUUGGCGGACGUGCCAGCGGCCCCUUUGCGUUCUCGCCCACGACGACGUCUGCGCCGAACCUGGCCGGACACGCGGCAUCCACAUCGAUAGCAACGGCUGCAGGACUACCAAGUCCACACCAGUACUACUACCGCGGCGACUACUACAGCGGCCUCAACCUGAAUGACAACCAUGCUCGCAGCGGUGGCUCUGGCUCGCCUGGUAUGCCGGCCGAGUCAUCGUCGUCGACACGGUCGCUUGGUGGCUAUGCUGGCGGUAGCAGCGUUUCGGUAUCGGGGUCUGGACGGCCCAGCACUGGUCGCAGCUAUGACUCGUCCGGCAACACCGCGCCGCGCCCGAGCGUCGACUCGCUCAACAACAACCAUGGCCUGCCGACCGCUGGCCAAUCGAGCAUGGCAGCGGCCCUUCAGGCUAGCAAGCGCGACUCGGGAUCCACGUACAACUCCAGUAACCAGUACCCGCCGGGCAGUACGGUUGGUGGCGACAGCAGCAGUAUGACGGGCAGCGGUGACCGCCGCUUCUCGGGCCUAUUCCACUCGGCGAUGCCCAUGGAUGACAUUCCGGCACCGACCGCGACCUCUGUGCCAGGCGGCGGCAGCCACCACCACCACCACCACCAUCACCACCACCAGCGCAACCACCACCAUGGUGGCGCCGGUGGCCACCUGAUGGCAGAUGAUGCCAGCCGACUGUCGUCACGCGCACCUUCGCGGGAACGGGCCGGGACGACGUCCUCGAACGCCUCGUCGUCGACAACGGGCGCCGGCCACAGCAGCGGAUACAAUGUGCUCUGGCUCGCGGCGUCUCUGUUCGAGUUCAAUAUUGAGACAAAGCACGAAGCAGGGUACCCGUACCUGACGUACCAGGCAGGCGAGAUCUUUGAUGUUAUUGCCGAAAAGGGCGAGCUGUGGCUGGCCAAGAAUCAGGACGACCCGUCCGAGCUUGUGGGCUGGAUCUGGUCGAAGCACUUUGCCAAGCUGGCCGACUCGUAG